UGCGCGGGGAGACGGAGAGAGAAGGAUGAUGAACGAGAUGAACCUCAACGUUCCGGGGAUGGAGUCGAUGGGAGGUGGUGGAGGCGGGGGGUCUCACCUUGGCCUGGCCUCGCCGUCGCACAGCUCCAUCACGCCCACGGGCAUGGCGGUGUCCAUCCCGAGCCUGCCGCCCGCCAUCGGCUCGCUCUCCUCCGCCCUCUCGCUCGUGCUGCCCCUGGGCCUGGGGGACCGCGGCGUCGUGUGCAACGUGCCCCCUGACAGGAACUACCCGCUCCCGCCACCGUACCCGCACGUGGAAAGCGGCUACAUCCGGCACAUCCUGCCUGGGAUCCUGUCCUACCUGGCGGACCGGCCGCCACCGCAGUACGUGCACCCGGGGCCCGGCGCCGUGGAGGCCGGCGCCGCGGCCGUGCCCUUGGCCCACAGCGUGGCGGCGGCCGCGGCCGCGGCUGCGGCUGCGGCGGCCGCCGGCCUGGAGCACUACCACCCGGGCGACUCGCUCGGCCUCGAGGCCGCCAAGGCCCAGCUCGACGCAGCCGCCGAGCGGAGCCCGACGCCGCCCGGCAGCCCCCACCGGGCCGACGACGCCAACGCCGCCGCCGCGGCGCAGCAGCACCACCACCAUCGGCACCACUCGCCGCACGGCCACCCGCACCACCCGCACAGCCACCACCUCCCGCUGCACCACCACCACCACCACCUGCACCACCACCACCACCACCACGGCCAGCACCACCACGCGCAGCUGCAUCACCACCAUCACCACGUGGAGACGCACAUCGCCAUCGACUGCGUCUCCAGAUCGAGCAGGGCCCCGAGCCCGGCCUCCCCGAGCUGCGGGGCAGCGAUGGACGCCACCGCCGACUCGCUCGCCAUGGAGGGUGUGACCCAUGACCCCGACACGCCGGGCCUAGGCGGACACUCCGCCUCCCUGGAGCUUCCGGUCGUCAUCGACGCCAGCGACUACCAGGACAGCUGCCGAGACGACGAGGACGACGGCGAUGACGAUGAGGAUGGGCGCGUUGAGCAGCAGGCGGCAGUCGUGAGCAGAUGCGGCACGGUGCAGGUGCUCCAGGCCGUGAGCUCCAUCGUGCUGGAGCCCGUGGAGUUGCCCCCAGGGCUCCACCACAGCGGCCGCGCCCCGCUCGCCAGCUCCACCGACCCCUCCUCGGAGGGCGGUGGCCACGCAGCGGGGCUGGCGCUGGCGCCCGCCAACUCGGUGCGCCUCGCGGGGCCGGGGGAGGAGAUGCGCGGCGCGGCGCUGCAGCGCGAGGGGAUGGCGCACGAGGACAGAUCCGUGUGGUGCCCCGUGUGCGACGACGCGUUCGAGGACGACUGCCCGACCCACGGGCCACUGACGCUCAUCCCCGACUCGCCCAUCGAGACGCGCGCUCGCCUCUCCCUGCCCAAGCAGCUGGCGCUCCUCUUCGCCUACGACGGCGGCGUCUCCGGCGUGCGCACGCUGCAGGCCCUGCCCGUGCGCACGUGCUUCGGGCCGCUCACGGGCCGGCACGUGCUGCCCCAGCAGCAGGAGGCGUGGGCGCGUCUGGACAUGGGCAGCCUCAACGUGUGGAAGAUUUUUCGGGAUGAGCAGCUGCAGUUCUGUGUCUGUACGGAGGACGAGGAUGAGUCGAACUGGCUCUCCCUGGUACAGAGAGCCAGGACGUCAGAGGAGCAGAACUUGGUGGCGUACCUGCACGAGGGGAAGGUGUACCUGUGCACAUCCCGUGAUGUGGCGCCCUUCUCACCGCUCUACUUCUACUACUGCAGGGACUACGCACGCCAGCUGGCCCUGCCCGAGUCGCUGCAUUCCCCACGCUACGAGGAGUGCGGCAAAGACUUCUCUCCAGUGGGCGGCCUGCAGGGCGGCCUGCACGUCCGCGCCAGCGCCGCAGUGUGCCCCGACGUUGGCAAUGGAGACGUGGGGCCGGGGAGCGCGGCGGCCAUGGGGGAGGCCGUGGUAGUGACGGCGGGGGAGGCCUCGGCGGACGUGGAUGCCGGCACGGUGGCGAGCGAAGAGCGACCCGGCAGAAAGUUGCUGGCCUGCACCGUGUGCUCCAGGGCCUUCCCCACUAACUCCAAGCUGAGGCUGCACAUGCUGGGCCACAUGGGCGUGCGUCCGCACGCGUGCCAGUACUGCGGAAAGACAUUCUGCGACCCCAGCAACCUGCGCACCCACCUGCGGAUACACACGGGCCAACGCAACUUCAGCUGUGAGGUGUGCGGCCGCAGCUUCACACAGAAGGCGCACCUCACCUCCCACGCGCAGGUGCACGCGGGCGGCGCGAAGACGCUGCGCUGUGACGCGUGCGGCAAGCUGUUCGCUCGGCGUCACGACCUCAAGCAGCACUCGUACAUGCACACGGGGGAGCGCACCGUCAAGUGCCCCGAGUGCGGGAAGAUGUUCUGGCGCGCGACCCACAUGCGCAAGCAUCUCAAGACCCACUUGGGCCGCCGUGAGUUCACCUGCCUGCGAUGCUGCAAGGCUUUCCUCACGCGCUACCACCUGGCACGGCACAUCAAAGGCUGCCGCUGCGGCCACAACGCCCCCUCUUCCGCCGCCGCCGCCUCCUCCUCUGGGGUCGUCAUCGUCGGUCCCGUGGAGGCAGCGGGGGGCGGAGGUCACGACGGGGAAAGAGGUCACGACGGGGACGUGUCCACGAGCGGCUCGGACGAGGAGACGCGGCCCGCGGAGGAUGAGUGCGAUGAGUGAGGUCUCGCGUCCCCGCGACGCGGAGGCCACGUAGCGGUGGCCGUGUCAGGGAGCGGUUCCCCGCAGAUGCUGGCUCAACGCGCUGCUGCUUCUGCUGUGACCGUGGCUGCUUCUCGCUCCAAGUGUCGCCAACUCUGCGAUUGUCACUUCAUCUUGUGACCUUUGGGUUUCCCGAGCGGCAACAUGUUGUCAAGCCGACUAGUGACAAAUCUCCUGACUUUGUAUCAUGACAUUCGGAGCGAGUCCAGGUUUAUAUGAAGGAUCCUGUAUUAGUUUUCUGCUCGGUAAGUUGUCCUCUGGCAUUUUUGAUGAUCAGCAACGGGUCCAUCUAGUGAUGAGAUGGGACGUUCACCGCCCCAGUUAUAAUUUGCGCCGUCUGGUUGACACGGUGGACGUGAAAGAUCCCCGUGACGUUAUUCGCGAGAGUAGGCCAUUGCGUGCCGGCGUCACGGUCCACAUUUGCCACAUUCGAAAGUGAAUUCUCAAUUGGGAUGAUGCGGCUGUAAUCAUGGCCUCCUGGUGGCAGGCUGAUGGCCCAGGCCACUCUUGGAAAUGCGACUCUAUCCUGGUCACUUGAGUUCUCACCUGGGCAAUCAAAAUAAAUGUAAACUGAUAUGAGGUUAGUAAUCUCGUUUCCUCGUUGCUGCGUGUGGCUGCUACACUUGCAAAGCAUCGAGGAUGAACUCUCGUAAUUUUCUGUGUCACGAUAAAAAAGUUUUUAUUGAGUUUACCAACUAGCCUGAAAUUAAUCACUAAUUUUCAUAUGCGUAUGUACUGUAAUUAUGAUAUAUUACAAAUGAUACAUUCUUCCAACCAGUAUUUCACAUAUCAUGUGCAAAAUAAUUAAAUGUUUAAGUUAAAUUGCAUGAUAGUGAAUUCCAUCACCGUAAUAACUGUUCCUGAACACGACAACUCAUCUCAGAGCAACUCAACAGUGCCCGUCUGUUCCCAACAGUGCCCGUCUGUUCCCGUGUGUUGUCAGGUUUGGGUUCGUAAGGUCAUCAGGUCUUGACCUCCUGGAAGGGUUCACCCCGUUGGACACACGGUUAUCACUGCAUCUCGUGCUGCCACAAAUGCUCGGCUGUCGUACCGCUGCCAACGACAACCUCGCUUAUGUCCAUUAAUUCUAGGAAGCAGACGCACUUGAAUAAUCACUUAACAAUUACGAGAAAAUCCCGUGCUUUUUCAAAUCGAUGAUGUUAUAAUCACACCAUUUGGAUAAACGUCUACAAAGAGGCACAAAUCAGGUGAAUGUGUCGCCAGCCUCUCGGCAGGGGACAGUCGAGAAAUAUAUGUUGUACUGUGCUUCGAUGCUCCCCACUACCAAGCCCGUCUUGUAUGGCAUAAAGGAGUUCUUUUUACCAAAUGUAAUUGGUUGAAAUGCAAGUUAUGUGUGUGCGUCGUGUAAAUGUCGUUUUUGAUUCUAUUUUCACAUUUCCACCCUGUCAUGUUCCUGUAGCUGUUGCCACUACCGAUGGUCUUGGGCAGUGGUCGUCCUUACAAAAGAGCUGCUUAGCUCAGCGUGCCUUGAGCCUGGUUGCAGGACCAGUCUCAAUAGGUAGGGUGCUAGGCUUGCCACCUCAGGGGUACAACAUCCCAGGACGUAUCAUUGAAAGAUGAUCUCAAUACCUGAAGCGAAGAGAAAACUGCAUGUGAAUGAUGUCUUGAGUGGUGCAUUAUUACUUCUUGUUAUUCCUCUUUGCUCCCUGUGGAGCAUAAGACUGCAACAAGCCCACACCAUGCCGGACACAAAUCGGCACUUUUUAAUGUCCCGGUAAGACUCGCAGAUUUCCCAGGACAGUAAAUUCCGCAAGAGCUUGAUCCUGGGACACCUGAGACAGGUGGCAACUCUAGCUGGUAAUCCAAUCUCAGGAGAGUGGGAACUCAAGGGGCCUUCCCGGAGGGCUCACACCUGGUUCAGCGUGACCGCCACCAUCACGUGGACUCAGCCCGGACACUCACCUGGGCAUUCAAAGCACAGGCGAGUCGGUGCGGGAGGUUGAAUCUUACCGCACCGUUUACUAGGCGUGUAAUAAUUUAGAGGGUUCUGGGAAAACUUUCGGAUGAAUCCUGCUACCUUCAUUACAACACUUGAUUUCUCAACGGCAAUCGUCAUCCACCAUGAUCGUUGCCGUCUCAGGUCACGCUAUGCUGCAGUCAUUCAUGUCGUUCAUGCGCCAAGGCUGAUUUCCUUGCUCCAUCUGCACGGUGGACAUCCUCUCGGGCAUGUUCCCUCCUUAAGCUACCGCUCCGUCAUUAGUCUCGACCACUGGACUGCAUCCAACCCACCUGCACGAAGCAGUACACGUGCAUAAGCAUAACCACUUUAUUACAUUAUAUAGGUUUACAUUAUAUAGGUUUACAAAAGCAAAUGUACAUGCAGGGCAGCAAGCGGAACGAGCAACGUGGACUAGAGUCCGGCCAGACAUGUUAGGUUGUCUUGUUAUUUCAAAACCACAGCUAUAGGCUAGGUUUGUUAUUUAGCACCUGAAAUUACACUUCAUUAGGCAUUCACACACAGCAACUUAAGUGAAAUAGUCUGGCACUUUGCACUAGAAUCGGUGUAAACGGAGGGGAAAAUCUCACUCGAGGCGUUUGUGAAAUGCAAGCACAGAAUCGUGGGGUGAGCUGACCACCCGAGGCACAUUUGUGGGCAGUUCCGCUGAAUCAAAGAAUCUGUGCUGCUUAAUACUGGCCAGAGAGAGGUGUUGGGAACCUGCAGUUUACCCUCGUAGGUUAUUUGAUUACCACCAGCAGGAAUGGGUUCACAAGAAAAAACACCGGCUCCGAAUUCCCUGCUGCUGUGCGAGUUUCAGUUGCAUGCUAAUUCGUGUUAAUGACGAUGCUGGUGAUAGUGGUGGUGAGCUGGCCUCCCAACCCCUC